AUGGAGUGCACAUUCCUUCUCGGAAAGACGCCAGCCUCCAAACGGAAGAAGCCCCAUUCUGAGGUCGAAAUUCUUGAAGCCCGAUUGGAGACGAUUGAGUCGAGGUAUUCAGAGAGGCUGAGUCAGAUGGAGUCGCUCCUCAGCAAGGUCAUGCCUACAGACGAACAGGAUCCCAACAGCACCGACAAUAACGAAGGAUCAUCAUCAUCCGCCUCACAGCCAAUCAACCGCGCCAUGAAGGGACCAGGAAUCAACACAUCUAAUCUGCCUAUGGAUAUGGUCUCAGGAACGGACGAUGGUUGGGCGGACAUUACUUCGCCGCAAGAAACGUCUCUGCAUCUGGAAACACAAUGGGAUCGGGAGUUCACCAGUCCCUCCAUGGCCUUGGAUACGAUGGGGACACUGACACUCACGACUACCAUGGGAGGAGAUCCAACAACACCCCGGACACCGUUCCUGAAGGAAGAAUCGCAGAACUACCCCCUUUUCACUCCCGAGUUCCAAUCAUCAAUAUCCGUAAAGUCACCAGCAUCGUCGAUCGCACCUUCGUUUACAUCAACAGCAGAUCCAAUGCAGGAGGACAGUGGAGGCGACGACGAAGGCGAUCUGAGUGAACUAGCUGCAACAAUGGACAAGCUCCGAGUCUUUGAUGCCUCAGUCUACUUCGGCAAAGGAUCCAUGCUGUUUACCUCGACUGACCAGGAAAAGUUUUGGGAUGAGGAGAUAUCCUUUGAUGUCCAUGAGGCCCACGGCGUUGAUAUCCCUCCUGAGGCGACUGUUCUGCCACCGGUGGAAGUCAUGGACGCUCUCAUUGACAUUUACUAUCAGCACUAUUAUGUGUAUCUACCGAUGAUCCAAAAGACGACGUUGCUGCAGGCUCUGGAGGAUCGAUUUGAGCCGCAGAGUAUAUUCUUGUUGAACAGUCUGUUCAUGGCUGCGUCGCUUACAGGAGACUGCACGCACCCGUCUUGUUGGACGGACCCGAACGACCAAAAAACACUCGGGACACCAUUCUUUGAGCGUGCGCGUAUGGUUCUGGACUACUGUAUCGGUAUUCCUCGCCUCUCGACUGUCCAAGGACUGAUCAUGCUGUCGCGAUAUCCCAGGAUCUCGGGAUUGGGUCACAGUUAUAUGCAGCAGGCGAUUCUUAUGGGCAUGGAUUUGGGUCUGCACCGGAAAUGCGACCGCUGGAUCGCCGACAAACAAGUCCAAGAGUCGAGGAAGCGAGUCUUUUGGUGUGUCUAUGCAGCUGAUAGUUCGACGUCAAGUGUCACAGGACGAAGGCCAAUGCUUGACGAUGCCGAGAUUGACGUCCCCAUGAUCGUUCCGACAGAAGGUGAUACAGAGUCAGAGACGAUACAGCUUCUCUUCCUGGUUCAGACGUGUCGACUUUGGCGGAUCUUCAGGAACAUCAAGCGGUUCAUCUUCAAUGCAGCCGAGGUCCAAGAUAUGGUGCCAGGAAGCUUACCCAAGAGCUACGAGCAGCAGCUGAUCCAGUGGCAACUCCAACUCCCAGCAGCGCUCCGGUUCUCAUUUGACGUCAAGGCCGACGACCCACGAGCCAUGCAGAACUCGCGUGCCGGUAUUGUGCAGAUGCUGUACGAGUCGGCAUUGAUCUUGUUGCACAAACCAUACCUGUCAUCUUCGGAGCACCUCAAGCGUUCGCCCUACAGAUCUCAGGAUAUUUGCAUCAAGGCAGCGACCAAGAUCACCGAUAUUGCAAAAGUCCUGGCUCAGACGUACUACAAGGCAUUCGAGUUGACGAGUGUGGGUGAGUAUGCAAUGCUGAACGCGGUCCGUAUCCACGUCAUGUUCCUCAAAUCCACGGAUGCCAAGGUCGCCGAGGCAGCACAGACGCAUUUUGACUACAUUAUGCGCUUCUUCCGCGAGUUUUACUCCUCCCCUCGAGCCAAUUGCGACGAGCAGAGCAUCAACUGUGUGCUCUCGUUCUUUGAGGAGUUUAUGCAUACCGUCAAGGGGCUCAGUCAAUCGAGUGUGCACGUCUGUGCAGGUGCUAUCAAGAGUCUGGCGAUUGCAAAACGCAACAGGAUAUCUAACAGCAGAGCGGGUGCAGCAGGAGGAUCCGGUCAUGGCGGUAGUGGUCAUAAAGCGGAGGAUCAGAGGAACAUGGCACGGUUGGUCAAGAUUGGUCGUCAGGAACGUGCCAAGGCCAGGAGUCAAUCGACCGUUUCUCCUUCUCCGCUUACUCGAGACGCUUCUGGACUCCAUCGGAAACGACACAGCCAUCUGCAGCAUGAGGGUCAACAGCGACUCAACCCCAACAUGUACUUUCAGAACCAGCAACAGCAGCAACAGCUUACUCCUCAACAGCUUCAGCAACUCCAGCAAGUGCAGCAGCAGCGUCAAGGUUCCGUAGCACCUUCGAACCUAGGAGGCCUGGCGGGACUUCAGGAUACGAGUCCUACCCUGUCGAGGACCGGGGGAUAUUACAAUCCGGGCAAGCUACAGAAAGUGUCCCAAUAUAUUGGACCCUUUGGUGGGCCUCAGGUCAUGGAGAGUCUGAAGCAGUACCAGACAGCGACGGCGAUCCUGAACCAGCCAACUGUUACGACCAGCACUCUUCUCCAAACGACGAACGUCCAGUCACAAUUCCCGACGUUUGGACAGCAGGCGAUGACCAUGACGACUCUGCAGCAACAGCAACAGCAGCUGCAGGCCCAACAGCAGGCCCAACAACAAGCCCAACAGCAACAACAGCAGCAGAAUCAGCAGUUCAACCUAAACAACAACAACAACAACAACAACAACAAUAACGGCCAGCAGCAACAACAACAACAACAGUUCUAUAACCAGCUCGGACAGCAACCAAUGGCGCUCUACGACCCCAACAACUUCAACCAAAGCUUCUGGGGGGAUAUGAACAACGUCUCGGGAGCCAAUACUUCAGGACUCUUUACGGAUUCCUCUCAGCUUUUGAGUCCCGGCAGCAACAAUAAUAAUAAUACCGGCGCCGCAGGACUGAACCCGCUAUCGCCUGCCGGAUCUGUGGCGACGACUUCUACGACCAACAACACCGCCCAUGCCUCAACUAAUACCAACACCAACAGUAACUUGGGCGGUCAUAAUAACAGCAGCAGUAAUAUCCUCAGCGGCUUCUUGGGCAACAACGCCUCUGGGGGUAAUAAUGGAGGCAUGUAUAGUAAUUCAGGAUUCGACAGCAAUCUCUCCCAGCAGCAACAGCAACAGUUGCAGCAACAGUUCCUCCAGCAACAGCAACAGCAACAACAACAGCAACAGCAGCCGCAACAGCAGUUGAGUGCGGCGGCCGACACAUCCGGGUUCUUCUUACCACUCAAGAUCGAACCGACUGAUCCUAUUGGCCCCCUUGGAGCUGGCGUCGGCACUGGAGCAGGAGGAGUGAUGGACGAGGAGUUGAGCGCGGAUCAAGUGCAGGCCCUGCUGGAACAGACGAUUGCUGCGGCCAAUACCCGUAAUACCACCAACAACAGCAACAACCUCUACCAGCAUCAUGCCCCGAAUCAGCAGCAGCAGCAGAUGUUCCAGCAGCAGCAUUUCAGACAGCAACAAAUGGUGUCGAAUCCUAGUCUGGAGAUGAGUGGUGUCCAGGAAGAUUUCCAUACCACUACCAAUUGGCCCGCCAUGAUGUAG